AACAGAUUAACAAGUAAAAAUUUGGCUUCUGCGACUGUCUUUAUCUAUGAAUCUAUAAAAUUAGCUUAUUAUGCUUUUUAGACCUAAUAUUACUUUGUCAAAAUCUUGGGGAUACAUAACCAGUGAUGGAAGUUUUGAUGGAUUGGUGGGAGCUUUGCAGAGAAAACAAAUAGAUUACGGAAGUUCUCCAUUAUUUGUACGUACUGACAGAGCUGAAGUUAUGGAAUAUGGACGACGAACUUGGACUCUAAGAGCGGCUUUUAUAUUCAGAAAUCCUAAAACGGUAGUUUCCAUAGGCGUAUUUACCAAACCUCUGUCCACUUCAAUAUGGCUGUCCUUAUUCUUCACUAGUAGUUGCGUGCUUUUUAUUUUGAAAUUAACUCAAUCGAUGGAGAAGACAAAGGUCAAUAGGAAGAGUGAAGCAAGUUGGAGCUAUCUUAUAAUAUGUGCUGUAGGGGUUUUUUGUCAACAAGGCGUAACCAACCUACCGUUUACAUAUUCAGGUCGUAUAACAAUGUUGUUCAUGAUAGUUUUAUCGUAUUUGGUAUAUCAAUUUUAUUCAGCCAGUAUAGUUUCAAAUUUAUUGAUCAAACCGAAAACGUUAAUCAAAUCUGUGGAGGAUAUUUUAAAAUCAACAAUGAGAGCUGGUUGUGAAGAUAUACUGUAUAACAGAGACUACUUUUUGUACACUUCAGACAAGCCUUCAAAAGAUCUAUAUUUACAAAAAAUCCUAAGCGGAGUCAACAACUCGAAUUUUCUAACUCCACAAGAAGGCCUUGAUCUUGUCAAAGAAGGAGGGUACGCUUUCCACGUGGAACUGGCCACCGCCUAUCCAAUUAUCCAAAGUACCUUUUCAGAAAGGUCUAUGUGCGAAUUAAGGGAAGUUCAGAUGUAUAGAACGCAACCCAUGCAUUCUAAUUUGCAAAAAUACUCGCCGUUUAGGGAUAUGUUUGACACUUGCCUACAGCGUUUGGCAGAAUAUGGGAUUUUAGAUAAAGAAAUCACAUUUUGGCAUCCCAAUAAACCGGAAUGUGUUCAAUCUAAAGAUGCGUUGAAUUUCCACUUGGGCAUUGAAUAUUUUUAUCCUGUUUUGACACUAUUGUUGAUUGGAAUCGUCUUAAGUUUGAUAAUCUUGAUAUUGGAGUUGUACGUAAAUUUUAAGCAUAGAGUUGAAAAAUUUAAGAAAAUUGUACCUUUGUACCCAUUUACCAACUAAAUGGUUUACUAGCGAAAACAUUUUUCUCUUUCUAGUGGUAAUGUAGCAUUAGAUAAGUUAUAGUUGAAUUUUAAUUAAAUAUUAAACUUAAAUUUUGUUACUUUUAAAAAAAUA